AUGAAGUUUGUCUUCUUCCCCCUCGUGGCGCUUUUCACGCUCUUGUCGUUUUCGGCGGCUUUGCCCAUCGAGUUGCAGGGCCUCAGAGCCAGAGCAGACUUUGAUAUCAGACUGGAGGAGGAAACCACUCCAGCGCUUCUCUCUCCCUUGGAGAAGAGAGAGAACACCUUGCUCACCAGCUUCUUCACGUCCUUGAACAAAACCGGCACCGGCGUCACCCUCGCCAAGGCUGCCGUCAGAACUCCUCUUAUCGAUGACCAGAUCGUCAAGUUCAUUGCCAACUUGAUCGAGACCAAGAACUUGACCAACUUGUUGGAGAUGGCCGACAACUCCGGCUUGGCCUUGGACUUGGUCUUGUUGAUCUUGACCCACUACGAGACCAUCGACGGUCUUACGGAUUUCGUCAAGUACUACAAGGGCAACAGCAACCUGACUUCUGGUGGAUCUGGCGGUCUUUUGGGUGGACUUUUGGGCGGUUUGGGCGGUCUCCUUGGCGGCGGCUCUUCUAGCUCCUCCUCCGGUUCCGGCGGCGGUUUGGUCAGCAACCUUUUGGGUGGUCUUCUUGGUGGAGGCUCCAGCGGCAGUUCUGGAUCCAACUCCACAUCUUCUGGAUCUUCUGGUGGUGGCUUGAUCAGUGGACUUUUGGGCGGUCUCUUGGGAGGCGGUUCGUCUACUUCUUCUUCCAGCCCAUCUACUACAUCUUCUGGUUCCAGCUCCACCACUUCUGCUUCCUCCGGUUCCGGCGGUGGCUUGCUUGGCGGUCUUUUGGGCGGUCUUUUGGGUGGAUCCUCUGGUUCCGGUUCUUCCAGAUCAGCCACCACUUCUGCCUCUGCUGCUGCUGCUUCUGCCACUUCUGCUGUUUCUCAGGCCGCUUCUUCAUCCAAGUCUGGCGGUCUUCUUGGUGGUCUUCUUGGUGGUCUUGGAGGAUCCAGAUCCACCGGAGCUGCUACUACUUCUGCCGCUGCUGCUACUUCUGCUGCUCCACUCGCCGGUUCCGCUGCUCCAGCCGCCGGUUCCGCUGCCGCCGAGUCCGUUCCAGCGGUUUCGGACCUCCUUGGCUCCAACGCUGCUGCUGCUACUAACACUGCUGCCGCCGGUUCCGCAGCCAACGCCGCUACCGGCGCCGCUGGCACUGCUGCUACCGCCGCUACCGGAGCGGUUUCGGAGGCUGCCACCGCCGCUACCGGCGCUGCUUCCACCUCCACCGCUUCCGGCCUUGCUGGUGCUCUUGAAAACCUCCUCAAGCGUGCUGACGACGAGGACGUUGCUAACGACGCUGAGCUCCUCAGACGCCACACCGAGGCUGUUGCGGAAGAAUUGCAAGUUCUUGUCAAGCGCUCCGAAGAAGCCUCCUACUUGGAAAAGCGUGAUAUCUGGGACUCGGUGUACACGCAGAUGAUCAACCUCAUUGGCUCUGACGCCAACGUCGAGGAGGUGAUGGUCUCCUUGAAGAAGUCCGGCUUGGCCAUCAACGUCAUCUACAACGCCUUGACCGACUCCGACUGGUACGGUUUCGACAAGAAGUUGGUCAAGUACCUUGUGGACAACAACAUUGUCACUUUCCCUAUUUUGCUCAACGCUCUUUUGAAGUCCGGCGUGAUCUGGCACGUUGCCGCCGACAUUAUCGGCAACUCCGAAUACGUCAAGCUUGUCAUUGACUUUGUGCUUGCCAUCUUCACCGGCAAGGUCAAUGUCAUUGGCUUGAUCAUGGCCCUUUUCUUUUAG